GGCUCGAAUCGCCCAGGAACGAUGGAUAUGUGAGUGCCCGCUCUAGCUCAUCAUUAGUAUCUUUGUAAAUCUCUCUGAUAAUGCUAGCAAUUCCAGUUUGCGGUUCUCUAGAUUUGACAGGCCUGAUUCUGGCUAGCUUUGGCACUAGCUCCACAAUUUAGUAACUUUUGCCACGCCAACAUCAAUGUCGUUGAUCAAUAUGAUUUUUUUUAAUAAUGGAAAAGAUUGUCCGGCUUCACCCUCCUCGAGGGAGGAUCAGACAACAUUAUUACACGCAGUAUGAAUCCUUCGGUUAAUUUGGACUUGGUUGAUUGCAGUUUUCUUCCCUUUGUUUCUUUUUUUUAUUAUGAUUGCGAUUCCCUUUUUAUGUUAAGCAGUAAAUGAAUUAUUGCAAUUUUCAUGAGUAAAUAAUUGCUAAUUUAGGAUCACUACAAACUAGCUGAAGUUAGGCAACACCUUUUUUUUAGAUUAAGAAAAAGUUAGGCAACACAUACUGAAGCGACUGUACAUAUUCGCUGGCUGGCUAAUGCACAGGUUGGACGGUACAGAGUUCCAGGUUGUAUCCUCAAGUGAGGAGCAGGUGGAGCUCUCUUUCAGGAGCUCAUACAACGCGUCACGUCCGGACAGCCUCCGGCUAAACGUCGACAAGAGGUAGUACUACGUCUAAACUGACGGCGGCGCAUGCAUGCUUUCAAGCCAUCAUUUAAGUUUCAGUAUCAACCAAUAAAAUAAUUUUGCAAAAAAUAAAAAUAUAACUGUUUCAUUGAGACAAUGCAGGCUUGUGAUGCUGAGAGGCAGCUCCGGGUUCUACUGCUACUCCAUCUUCGAGCACGCCCCGGAGUACCCAGCUCUCAACGUCUCGGUGGCUCGCCUCGCCUUCAAGCUCAACGCCGCCAUGUUCAACUACAUGGCGAUCUCGGACGACAUCCAGAGGUACAUGCCGAGCGCGGCGGACAGGGACCCGCCCCGCGGCGUCCCACUGGCGUACAAGGAGGCCGUCCUGCUCGUCGACCCCGUGGAGCCGGAGUUCAGAGGGGAGGUGGACGACAAGUACCAGUACUCGCUGGACAACCAGGAUAACUCGGUGCACGGAUGGAUCGGCGGCAGCGGCGAUCCGGCGGCGUCGGCGUCGGCGACGGGCUUCUGGGUCGUCACUCCCAGCAUCGAGUUCAAGAACGGCGGGCCGCUCAAGCGGGAGCUCACCUCCCACACCGGCCCCACCUCCCUCGCGGUGUUUCUAGGCCCGCAUUACGUCGGCAGGGACAUGGUGAUCCGGUUCGAGGAGGGCGAGAGCUGGAAGAAGGUGCUGGGCCCCGUCUUCAUCUACCUCAACUCCGGCGACCCGAGCCGCAAGAGAGACCUCUGGGAGGACGCCAAGGCGCGGGCGCGGGCGGAGGUCAGCAGAUGGCCCUACACCUUCCCCGGGUCGCCGGACUUCGCGAAGCCGUGCGAGAGAGGCUCCGUCACGGGGAGGCUCUGGGUCAGAGACGCCGCCGCCAAGCAGCAGCAGCAGCCUGCCGCGAUGGCCUACGUCGGGCUCGCCGCGCCCGGCCAACCUGGCUCCUGGGCCAGAGAGAGCAAGAGGUAUCAGUUCUGGACGAGGGCCACCUCCGACGGCCGCUUCAGCAUCGGCAACGUCCGGGAAGGAGUGUAUAGCCUCUACGCCUGGGUCCCCGGGGUCCUCGGCGACUACGUGCACGCCUCGUCCGUGACGGUGACGCCAGCGAGCGCCGUCGACGCCGGCGACCUCGUGUUCGAGCCCCCGAGGUCGGGCCCCACGCUGUGGGAGAUCGGCGUCCCGGACCAGUCGGCGGCGGAGUUCCACGUCCCCGACCCAGACCCGAGGUACGCGAGCCGGCUCUUCCUUGACAGGGGUACGUACAGGCAGUACGGCCUGUGGGAGAGGUACGCCGCCCUCUACCCCGACGGCGACCUCGUGUUCACCGUCGGCGAGAGCAACCACUCCAGGGACUGGUUCUUCGCGCACGUCACGAGGAUGGUCGCCCCAGGAAAGAACAACACGGUCGUGCCGACGACGUGGCAGAUACGCUUCCACCUGGACGAAGUUGUGGCGGGCGGCACCUACACGCUGCGCGUCGCCCUCGCGGCGUCCCACAUGGCCAGCCUGCAGGUGCGGGUGAACGGCGGCGGCGACAGCGGAGCCGGAGGCGCCGGCGCGCCGCCGGCGUUGCUGAUGGGCGACAACAACGCCAUCGCACGGCACGGCAUACGCGGCACGGAGUGGAACCUGGAUUUCCGCAUCGAGGGCCGCCUGCUCAACCAAGGGGACAACACCAUCCACAUCACCCAGGCGAGCGCCCUGAACCAGUUCGUCGGGGUCAUGUACGACUACAUCCGCCUCGAAGGCCCUUCAAUGUAGUGGCCCGGGACCUCUGGUCCUCUGCUAUACUCCUACUGAUUAACAAUUAAUCCCGGCUAGGAUAGCCUGGCCCUGGCCCAAAGCAAGAUCCUCUCUCAGCAAGAAAGGUAAAUGUAUACAAGAACAUUGAGCAGCUAGCAAUCAUCAGUGCUGUAUUCUACAACAUUGAGCAAUCAUCAAGAAAAAAUAUUGUUUUUGAUUAGGAAA